AUGGCUCAUUUGAGAGAAUUUGCCAGCCAGCACUCCAGGGUGGAUCCCGAGGAGCUGUUCACCAAGCUGGAGCGGAUCGGCAAAGGGUCGUUCGGUGAAGUGUACAAAGGGAUCGACAACCGCACCAAGGAGGUGGUUGCUAUCAAGAUCAUUGAUCUGGAAGAGGCUGAGGAUGAAAUUGAGGACAUUCAGCAGGAGAUUACAGUGCUCAGCCAGUGUGAUAGUCCCUACAUCACCCGGUACUAUGGCUCCUACUUGAAGGGCACUAAACUGUGGAUAAUCAUGGAGUACCUAGGAGGAGGUUCAGCCCUGGAUUUGCUGAAGCCAGGACCCCUGGAGGAGACUUACAUAGCUACUAUCCUGAGAGAAAUCCUAAAGGGUUUGGAUUAUCUGCACUCUGAGAGGAAGAUCCACAGGGAUAUCAAAGCUGCCAACGUGCUGCUUUCAGAACAAGGAGAUGUGAAACUGGCUGACUUUGGUGUGGCUGGGCAGUUGACAGACACACAAAUCAAGAGGAACACUUUUGUUGGGACUCCUUUCUGGAUGGCACCAGAGGUCAUCAAACAGUCUGCUUAUGACUUCAAGGCAGACAUCUGGUCCCUUGGAAUUACAGCCAUUGAACUAGCAAAGGGAGAACCUCCAAAUUCUGACUUGCAUCCUAUGAGGGUUCUCUUCCUGAUCCCCAAAAAUAACCCUCCAACACUUGAGGGUCACCACAGCAAGCCCUUCAAGGAGUUUGUGGAAGCCUGCCUCAAUAAGGAUCCUAGAUUUAGGCCGACUGCUAAGGAGUUGCUAAAGCACAAGUUCAUCACACGCUACACCAAGAAAACCUCCUUCCUCAUGGAGCUGAUCGAUCGAUUCAAGCGCUGGAAGUCCGAGGGCCAUGGAGAGGAUUCCAGUUCUGGUGAUUCUGAUAUUGACGGAGACACAGAGGAUGGAGACCAGGGUCCAAUCUGGACAUUCCCACCAACUAUUCGCCCCAACUCCUUGAGCAAGCUGCACAAAGGAAUGGCUCUUCAUGGUUCACAGAAGCCUACUGAGCCCAUCAAGAGGCAACCACGGUCACAGUGUCUCUCCACACUUGUUCACCCAGUUUUUGGGGAGCUUAAAGAUAAGCACAAGCAGACUGGAGGCAACGUGGGAGCCAUGGAGGAGCUAGAGAACGCCUUUAGCCUGGCUGAGGAGUCCUGCCCAGGCAUCUCUGACAAACUGAUAGCACACAUGGUGGAGCGGGUACAGAGGUUCUCACACAGCCGGAACCACCUGACCUCUGCCCGCUGACACCCACAGUCCCUGCUGCUCUCCUAAGAGGGGAAGGAUUUUUUUUUUCCAGCUUCAUAAACUCCAUCUCUAAUCCAGACCACCGUCUGCUGUUGGAUGUACGUUGUGUUAUGGACUCCAGGACAUUU